GUUUUUUGCUCCUCUCACUUCUCUUGAAGGAUGAGGUCCCUGAAACAUCUCAAACAUCACACCAGGAGUAAUGUGGAAGAGCAGGAAGUUCCUCUGGUUCGCUGCUAUUCUAAAGUGAUGGAGCAUGCAGUGGAUGUCGGCACUCAGACUGACCCAGUGGUGGUCCUGUCCCUGGCCCAGGCUGCUGUGCUGGGACUCAUAUCACAGAAUGAAAUCUUUGGAGCCACAAUUGCCCCAAACGGUUUCUACAUGGGAGAGGGACGUGAAGGCCCUGCUCCUCCUGCAGACUCCAUGGAGUAUGAAUAUGCAGAUCAGCUAAUUGGAGCCAAUGGAGACUAUCUAUCCGAGCCUCACGGGGAGAACAGGAGGCCAGAAGGUCUCUACGGGGCAGAACGCAGGCGCCCAGGGCCCCGUGGGAGGAUCAAGAGGCCCUUGAGUAAAGGAGAACCAGAGGAGUCCACAGAGAGGUCUCCGGACACACCGAGUCAGGUGAAAGGAGAGAGGCCUGAGUUCUCUAGCCCAUGUUAUCUCUCGAAUCCCCAGGAAACUGACAAUGAGCCAGAAGUGUUGGACCUAACACCUCAAAGAGUGCCAAUGAAAGAAGAGCAGUGUAACAAAGGCUACCCUGAGCCCUCGAGGGAGCCAGCCAGCCAACAGGUUGACUCUGACACUCAGACGCAAGCCCACCAAAGCCCUGUGGGGCAUGGAAAAGCUUUGGUGGAGUCCUCUGUGAAAGGACGGGGAAAAGAGGAGGAACAGGAAGAAGAGGAGGAGGAAGUGGAGGAGAGAGCACUGAACCUGAAAACCACAGAGGAGGAUGUGAGCCCAGCAAUGAGGCGCUACUAUGAGUCCAGUGUGACAGCAUAUGAGGCUGCUGAGAUGGGCCUACCGGGAGACUAUGAGGAGGGUGGCCAGACCAUGAUGUGGACGGAGGGUGAGAACUCCUUGGGUAGACGGAUGCAGAUCGACCGGCUAGAUAUCAACGUGCAAAUCGACGAAUCAUACUGUGUGGAUGUGGGUGAAGGCCUGAAACGCUGGAAGUGCCGCAUGUGCGAGAAGUCCUACACUUCGAAGUACAACUUGGUUACGCACAUCCUUGGUCACAAUGGCAUCAAACCACAUGAGUGUCUGCAUUGUGGAAAGCUCUUCAAGCAGCCCAGCCACCUUCAGACGCAUCUGCUAACGCACCAGGGGACGCGGCCACACAAGUGCACCGUCUGCAAGAAGGCCUUUACCCAGACGAGUCACCUUAAACGGCACAUGUUGCAGCAUAGCGACGUCAAGCCUUACAGCUGCCGCUUCUGUGGCCGAGGAUUUGCCUACCCCAGUGAACUACGUACUCAUGAGACCAAGCAUGAGAGCGGCCACUGUCAUGUCUGCACGCAGUGCGGCAUGGAGUUCCCCACUCACGCCCACCUCAAGCGCCACCACGUCAGCCACCAGGGCCCGAUGACUUUUCAGUGCACCGAAUGUCAUAAGUCCUUCGCCUACCGUAGCCAGCUCCAGAACCAUCUGAUGAAGCACCAGAAUGUGCGUCCCUAUGUCUGCUCGGAGUGCGGCAUGGAGUUCGUGCAGAUCCACCACCUGAAGCAGCACAUGCUUACACACAAGGUACUGACACAGCAGGCCCUCGAACACAAGGGUAUGAAGGAAUACAAAUGUGAUGUUUGUUCUCGCGAGUUCACUCUAUCUGCCAACCUGAAGCGACAUAUGCUGAUUCACACCAGUGUGCGCCCUUUCCAGUGCCACGUCUGCUUCAAGACCUUUGUUCAGAAGCAGACGCUUAAAACACACAUGAUUGUCCACUUGCCUGUGAAACCUUUUAAGUGCAAGGUGUGCGGGAAGUCCUUCAACAGAAUGUAUAACCUGCUGGGUCACAUGCACCUUCAUGCCGGUAGCAAACCCUUCAAGUGUCCUUACUGCACCAGCAAGUUCAAUUUGAAGGGCAACUUGAGUCGACACAUGAAGGUGAAACAUGGAAUCCUGGACACCUCAACCGAAGGACAAGAUGCCCUGCCUCAUGCGGAGGGUCAGGAAGAUUACGAGGAAGAGAGCUUUGAUUACAGUGAGAGGGAGAAUCUAGCCAGCAACAACGCACAAGAUUUGGCGAAACUCGCCAAAAUUAGCUACUACAACUACACUAAGGUUGCUGCUCGCUACAACACAACUUAAGCAGCUGACUGAGACACAAAAAUGUGGUUUAAGAGGAAAAAUGACUGUCACGGUCAUUUCUGUAGUACUCUUGGCUCUGACAUGAGCCACUGAGGAAAUAGCCAUCAUGAAGUGGAUGUGCACUGGAUGCCAUUUUGACUCUGUGAAACAAAAGUGAUAGCAGACUGAAACUUAAUUUUAACAAUGUCAUUUCACAUUAGAAACCAUCCUGAACAAUAAAGGACUGUGUGUGUAGAUGCUUUUGCCCAUCACAGUGCAGUUCUUGAGAAGGAUAUCAUUUAUAAGUCACUUUCAAUGGUGCAGUGAAACAAUAUGCACAGAUGUAAGAAGUCACUUAAUCUAUACAGACAAUCCACAGCUCUUUAAAACCGAGACAAACAAGACCUAAGGCAUGGGAUAGUUCACCCCAAAAAUGAAUAUUUUGUCAUCAUUUACUAACCUUCAUGAUGAUAACCAAACUGUUGCUGGUAACCACUAACCAAUGGCAUCCAUA